AUGAAUGUGGCGAUGCUGCAGCGGUUGCUGCGCUGCGGAUCGGCGGAGGUGGUGCUGGUUUUGGGGGGCACCAACGACGUGCUGGGCUUGGGGCACACCGAAGACUGGAAGCAGGCGUCGUUGGCUGCGACCUUGGCCAAUCUCAGGGCGAUGCACGAGCUGGCCGCCGCCCGGGGCGCUCUGGUGGGGGUGCUGGCCCUGCCGGUCUUCCAAAACGCGGUGGGCUGCUGUGCGCUGCGGGAGAUGUUGAAUGCAAAGCUUGCAGCGAUGCAGGCGAGCUACAGCCGCGCGGUCGCAGCGAUGCUGGCCAGAGAGAUUUGGAAGGCUAGAGCCAGGCGUUCGAGUCGAAUGCUGGAGAAGCACCAGUGCCCGGACUCCGGGAGGCACCUCUACGAUGGGCUGCACUUCGGCUCGGAGGGCUACUUCCACUUCGCCCGGCUGCUGGCGGAAGCGCUCCGCGGCUCUGACGCUCUGGCGCUCUGA